UAACAAUAAUUGAUAUAUUUACUCUUCAAAUAAAACAUUAAUUAGCUUAGCAAGAUUAAAAAAAUGUUUAUAAAAACAAUCUAUCCAUUUUCUAUCUAAAUAGCUUUCACUUUUGUGAAGCUCAAUAACAAUUUUAAUUCCUGCCUUCCUAAUCUACAUAAAGUUUCAGUCGAAUCAAGCCAAUCAAAAUAACCCCGUAAAGUAACCUUUACCCUAACAAGGAUAUAUCCUCGCCUCUAUAUAUUCACGUUAAUUACGUACGCACGAAUCUACUCCGUUAUGUGCCGGUAUCAACGUUUUCCCCAUGAAUUACACGAAAAAUGAUUUGAGCUUCGAGAUAUGGAGAAUGACCAGCUGUUGAGCGACCAGGUAUUUGCCGGGCUAGAUUCAGGCCAGAUCAAAGCAAAAAACCACAACCCCAGUUUUGCGCUCCAAGAUUUCGAACACCGUUACCCGUCCACUAAUAUGGAGCAAUCACCUUUGCCACCUCAAAAGAGAUUGAAGAGGUUUAAGGAACAAUGUCUAGGAAACUUGCGCAGAUCUAUGCGCCCCAUUUACCCAGAGUCCGACCGUUCUGAUCAAAUUUUAGAACGAGGAACCCCUGGGAUGGAAGCUCGAAGCACGGGGGAAGUAAAUAAAUUUGACCAGGCUCAUCCUUAUUACGACACUGUUGUGCGACUCAAGGAUGAGCUUGAGAAUAACCCCUACGCGACCACCACCUUACCUCGGGCCCAACUUUCUCCGAGCAGCUCACCCAACACUGAUACACUGUGUUGGCCCAUUUGCUCUAUCCACCGCAACGGCAAUCUACACCGGGACUCCUUUAUGAGCGAGCCUCAUUGCCCUUGCUGUCGCCGUGCUCGCGUCCCCCAGUUAUUCGAACGGGCGUCGCCUUCAUGGUGGAAUCCGCGCUUCGAUUCGGACGUGCUGGAAAACCAACUUCGCAAAACCUCGAUUCCCCAGGUAAAACGCCAGCUUCGAAUAGUUCUCGGGUUCGUGUCUGUGUCAGCCCUAGUAUGGGCCAUAUAUCUGGGCGUCGUCGCAUUUCCCUCCUUGAGACAGGAAAUGAUCGCCGGGUGCGGGGCUUUGCUCCUCCUGGCGCUAUGCACUUACGGACUUACGUUUACUACCCUAUACGACCGUUACUACGCCCACCUGUCUGUGCUAUGGUCGUUGCUCCUCUGUUUGCUCAGUUUGGUCAUUUUUACCCGCCAAAGUACAGCGUCGUUUUUAUAUCUCUCUGCCCUCUCACCAAAUUCAGGCCUUAGCUUUUUUGCCAACUUUGCCACUUCGCUACAGGUCAUCGUCCUCGUGUACACAUUCACGAACGCCCCACUGGUAUUUACGCUUUCUUUGGCCCUGCUCUACUCGGCUAUAUUUAUAACGCUCUCGGCACUGCGUCUCAGUGACAACGGUGAUUUCACUUUUCGAAGACCGCAUGAGGGGAAUAACGUACUCAAGCUUGUCGGAUUCGAGGUUCUCCUCCACUUUUGCUUGCAUAUCCUCGGGAUACACAUAUUUCUGAUGAGUCAGGUGCGAUUGCACAGCACCUUCUGGCAGAUAGGACAAUCCCUGAUAGCCAAAAAGAGUCUGGAACUCGAAAGAAAGCUCAAGGAGAAAAUCAUACAUUCCGUCAUGCCCCCAACCGUGGCUGACGAACUGAUGCAACCUAACGAGGAAGAGAUGUCCUCCAGGCGUCGUAAGUCUUCCAACUUUCCCCUGUGGCAUCAUCAUUUACACCAACAACAGCUCCAAGGCUACAUAUCCUCCUCGGCCAUUCCCCGAAAAUCGGCUCCCGCCACCGCGAAUAAUUCUUACCAGAAGAACUCUCAGGGAGCCAGCUCGAACCGCCCUCGCUUCCCCUCCCGCCACUCUAUCCUCGCCCCGUUUCAUUUGCGCCCACAGCCCCAUAGUGACGCCGAUCCCGCUAAUAAAGACGUGGGUGACCGAUCUCGAGUCUCCCCUACACCCCCAUCUGCACGUGCCCCCGUCAUUUUUCGCCCAUUCAAGAUGAAUAAAAUGGAUCAGGUUAGUAUUCUUUUCGCUGACAUCGUCGGCUUCACCCAGAUGAGCAGCCACAAGUCAGCAGCAAGGCUCGUAGCUUUACUCAACGACUUGUUUGGCCGAUUUGACAAUCUAUGCGAGGCUUGUGGCUGCGAGAAGAUUGCCACUCUCGGUGACUGCUACUACUGUGUCUCGGGAUGUCCAGCUCCUCGACCUGAUCACGCUGUAUGUUGCGUUCGCAUGGGUCUCUCCAUGAUACGGGCUAUACGCGACUUCGAUCGCGACAACAACCAAAGCGUCAACAUGCGAGUUGGAAUCCAUACAGGCACGGUCCUGUGCGGUGUCGUUGGCACCCGCCGCUUCAAGUUCGAUGUGUGGUCCAACGACGUGGCCCUUGCCAACAAACUUGAAUCAACCGGCCAGCCUGGACGCGUUCACCUCAGCCAGACCACGUUCGACGCACUGGGUGACAAAUAUGAAGUCGAACCUUCCGAAAUCCGCGAAGGCAUCAAAACCUAUUUCAUAAUAAAGCCCAAAUCUCCCAAGGACGGGCCCAUCUUAGCCAACGUUACCCGAAACAUGAUCGGUUCUAAAGGGGUUACCCCGUUGGCCCCGCCAGUUUUAGCGGAAGCAACCGUUCGCCUUAUACCUACACGGGGCCUCAGUCUGCCUUAUAAUUACUCUGACAGUGAACUUCUGCUCUCAAAUUCAUUGAACCAUAAUAAUGGAAUCAAAGUCAACAACUCACGACUUCCGUUGGUAAGAAUAAAGGAUGCUAGUCCCACACAUGUCCCGGCUAACGACGGACUUACAGAACCAAGCUUGAGCUUAUACCUAUCUUAUACUACUCCCCCUUCCCCUCGGCAACUCCAUAUUCCUACCACAGUUCACUUACGCCCCGCUUUUUCGAUGGAUUCUGCCGCCUUCCCCAUUGCAAACGAAGCCGACCAAUUAUCUGAGUUACCACCAUUCCGUGAUGCCAUCGUCAUCCCUCGAGCUAAUGGUUCCGUUAACGGCCCAACUAACGGUCAAGGUACUGCCAAUCUCAACGGGAUAUUUCGCCGAGAUAUGACUCCUAUCGAGAUGACGGGCACUGACAGUUCCCACGGCCUCAAUAAAAGGCCCGACGACCAACACGCUAAGCGACCAAAUUUAGCCCGGCAAAUCAGUGCGGGUAUGUACUCUAGUCGUUCCUCCAUAACCGAUCUGGUGGCGGAACGCUAUGAUAUAAAUAAUACUAACUACCUAUUCGAUGACGAACGGUUACCCGUCCGGUCUGGGAAACGUUUACCCUCUUCCCUAGCUAAGGAUGUUAAUUUUAUACAAAAACAACGCAAAUAUGACAUCGACUUGGUCAAUUGCAUCAAGGAGGACAUGACCAACAACAAGAAAAACUAUUUUUCCAAUCCUCCCAUAAACCUUUGCUGCCUUACCUUCAAGGAUCCUGACCUCGAGUAUGCCUAUCGCCAUCACCUGUACACGACCGCCCCUUACAAAAUUGGCGAGACCGAUCUUUUGUCUCCAUCUCAGCUUCCUAAGGACAAAAACAUACCAAUCCAGACCGGCGGUCUUACGUUUAGAUCCAACAAGAUUGGCGAAGGUCCCAACGCUAAUACUACACUCCACGUGAUCAACGUCUCUAAUCAAACUCCACUCCUAACAGAUCCACUACAUAAUCAACCCUUUCAAAAUCAGUCCGCCACCGUAGGAGAAGGCUCUCAAGAAUUACGCGAGGAUUCUGUGGACUCAUCCGUCUCGACGGGAUCGGCGAGUAGGGCGUCUUGGACAACGUUUGCCUCGCCAAACUUUACACUCUUUACCGAGGUGUGUGUAUCGUUUGUGGUGCUGGCCAUGAUAUGUUUAGCCUGCUUUGUGCUACUGGAUCGGCCCACUGAUCCAACCACCCUGGCAUUCUGGGGAAUCGCCCUUACCUUUGAAAUUGGCGUUAUUCUAUACGUGGGCAGUGAAGAGCUACCCGCCUCUCGAUGCGUCGCGGCUGCUACCAAUAUUUGGAAACGGGAAACGGAUGGAAUGCCUCCGCAGCGGUGGGAAAGAGGUUUAGCUCGAUCGCGUGAUAUUUUCAAUCGCUGGUGGGUUCGUCAAGUUUUUGGACUCGUAAUUGCAUCUUUGCCGGCCGCCUCACUUCUUAUAGCCUACUUCCGAAACUCACCGUUUCUCGAACCAGCUGAAGCACAGUUCUAUGACUUCUUGCUUGCCCUGGCUCUCUUGCACCUCAUCAACUUGGUUCAACUUCUGUCUUGGCUUAAGGCCCUCCUGUCGGCUGUCGUUGCUGGUGUUGUUACCUGUUUUAUAGGGCUAGAAUUCUGUGUUACACCCCCUCCUAUCAAACUUUCAGCCCUGCUGAAUGAUCCUAUGAUGCCAUCUCGCCUCCUUCCAACUCAACUUUACUAUUACAUAUCGCACCCCGAUCGCCGUUUUAACAAUAUUCUCGGUGGCUUCAGUUCGACUCCUGUCUACAACAUCUCCGAUUCGCGUCUCGCUGGCCCUCUUAAAAAUCUUAUGCGCAUCUUGUCCAGCCAUAACAACACCUUGUCAUUAAUGUCCGCUAACGUUUCCUCCAAUACAUUCUACAUCACAGAGGGGGGAAUCGUUGACAAUAAGGCCAUUAGCGCAGGAGCCUUAUCUCACCUCUGCAUUGAGAUGAUCAUAAGCAUUGUGCUCAUCUUGCUUCUCGUUAUUUUGCUGAACCGUGAAUUUGAGAUGAAUUACCGCCUCAAUUUCAAAGGACGUGAUCGCGCCCAGAGGGACAAAGAGAUCAUACUCGUACACAAGAACCAAGCCGAAUGGUUACUUCAUAACAUAAUCCCCAAACACGUGGUCGAGCAGCUCAAAAAGACCUCAAAAUACUCUCGGAACCACAAGCAGGUCGGCAUCAUAUUCGCCACCAUAGUCAAUUUCAACGAGCUAUAUGACGAAAGUUUCGAGGGGGGCAAGGAGUGCUUGCGCGUCCUCAACGAAGUCAUCGGCGAUUUCGAUGAGUUGUUGGACAAGCCCCAGUACCGGGAGAUAGAGAAAAUCAAAACCAUCGGUAGCACUUUUAUGGCGGCAUCUGGUCUCAAUGACGCGUCAACCUCUUUGUCCUCCACUUUUUCUAACCGCGAUGGAAUUGAUCAAGAUGAUAAAAUCGAGGAGAGUACUAUUAAGGAUUUUAACCCAGCAGCCUCUGUUGAUGUUAACUCGGAUAAAGCAGAACUUAUAGCUCAAACUCCCGCUAAACUCAAGAAAGACCGUGAUAUCUCCCACUUGGUUUCACUAAUGGAUUUUGCAUUCGAUAUGCAGGAGGUAGUCAAAAAUUUUAACAGGGAUCUCUUAGAGUUCAAUUUCAUACUGCGGAUAGGUUACAAUGUGGGUGACGUGACGGCAGGUGUGAUAGGUACUACCAAACUCUACUAUGACAUAUGGGGUGACGCCGUUAAUAUGGCCUCCCGUAUGGAUUCAACCGGUGUAUCAGAUCGGAUUCAGGUACCAGCUCACGUUGUUCCAAUUCUUCAGGACUAUUUCGAUUUCGAAUAUAGGGGCGAGGUUUACGCUAAAGGCAAAGGUCAGGUUGCCACAUACCUAGUCAAAGGGAGAUCUUAGUAAUCGAUAUUAGAUUUAUUGAAAUUAUUCGGCAAUUUCAACAAAAUUUCAAUAAAGUGAUCCAAUUUCUACUCCUCCCCUCUUCAUUUUUUUAAAAAAAAAUAUUUCGUUACCUUUUUAACUCUCAAUCUAAGAGGGAGCUUUUUGCCUAUAUAUAUAUAUAUAACUAUGUGCAUGCUUUUAUUUAAUUUUAUUGUGUUAGAAUUGAAAUAGUUUUUUUUUAAAAUAGAAAUAUAUUAAAUUAAUUUACGGUUCGUUUUGAUUGAAUUGUGCAGCAGAUAUUCUUUGA